GUUCGACUUUAAAAAGAUAGAGCACUUCAAGGCAACGAGCUAAAAAAAAACAUCAGUACAGAUCUGAACAAUGGAGUAAAACUCUUCACUCUUUUGGUGUAUGGUGAUUAUUUCUUUGUAGUAGGGAUAGUGUGGGGAUUUGAGACGUAGACCAGCUCCCUCCUCGUUGUGGGACGGCUCAUUGACACAGUAUUUUCACUGUGUUCACAAGUUGGGGAAGUUUUCCGUCAGUAAGGAGCCUGCACUCUGCUGUGCGCUCUGCUGUGCGCUUGUGCGCUGGACUCGCGCGAUGCCUCGGAACUGACGGCUUUUCUCUGUCACAAUGGCGCCGUUUGGGAAAAACUUUCUGAAAGCGCGACAGAAAAGCAAGUCUAAAGAAACAGAGGAAACACCAGCAAAAGAAAUUCAAGUUUUAGUAGGUAAAGAGGAGAAAGUUGUUUCUGGUGUCACUAAGCAUACAACCUGCGCUGAUCUGGUGCAGGCUCUACUGAAGGACCAUAAGACCAUACCAGAAAGUAAAAGAGUCCUACAUGGAGAGCCAAAAGAGUUCUGUCUUCUGGAGCGGUGGAAAGGUUUUGAAAGGGCUCUGCCUCCCCUCACACGUAUCCUCCGCUUGUGGAAUGCAUGGGGUGAUGAGAGACCCUUCAUACAGUUUGUCUUAGUGAAGACUAGUGAGUUUGUACCUAAAAGGUCUUCAAAGUGUAAGGGGUUUAGGUCUAAAAGAUGGGAGCAGGGUCCAACGCAGUAUGCCAGGAACGUUCCUGUGGAGCGGCAGAAACGAAUGGUGAAGAAGGCCUUCCGCAAACUGGAGAAAAUGCAGAGGGCAGGAAGUUCAGAUGGUUCAGAGGAAAUUGACAAAAUGGUACAACUUAUCAUUUCCCAGGAUUACACCAUCCGGCAGCAGCUUAACAAGAUACGGGAACUGGACCUGGAGCUCCAGCUUGUGGAUCAGCAGCUAAAAGAAAGCUCUCUCCAUGAUUCCAAGAUCUCUGAGAGAGCCAGCAGCCCAAUGCUUUCCUUGUCUAUAUUCCAGUGCGAGGACCAAUUGCAGGAAUACCUGUAUACUAGUGAUGGUAUUGCACAACUGGAUCAACAGGUGCUCAGACAUAAGGAACUCAUCGAUGAGCUUUCUAGAGAUAUUGACCUGGAACUGAGGAAAGCUGUUUGCACAUUGGACUCUGAGGAACUUGAGGGGGCAACAGCUGUAAAUCCUGCUUUGGAGUUUGACUCCAUCUAUGCCCUGUCCUCUGCAGAAUCUUUAGAGAUGGAUAAAUUGCAGAGUGAGUUGGAGGCAAGUAUGAGAGCAGGAAUUUCCCUCCACACACAGACACAGGACCUUGAAAUGGAGCUUCAGCAGAACACAACAUUGUUGCAAUCCAGGAACCAGGAGUACCAGCACCUUAUUGCCCAGCUGACUGCAUUGCAGCUGGAGGAUUGUGCUGAGCCACCUAACUCUGCUUACCUGAAGAGCCCAGCCUGGCCUGGUGCCUCUCAGAAGACCACAGUGACACUUAGACAGAAGCUUUCACCUAGUGAUGUGACAGACACAGACUCAGACACUGGAAUAAGCUCCACUCAUAGUCAGGACUCUCUGUCCCCUUGCAUGGACAGUCUGCCCCCAUUGGACACUGAUGUCUAAAUAAUGGACGAGCAAAUAUAAAGUACAUUGCCCACUUUAUCAGCUGGACUUGAUGAGUAGGUGUUCUCAAGGAGGCUCUUCAUAAUUAGGCUCUUUCCUGCAAGCUCUUUAUAAUCAGGGUCUUGUUCAAACAACAAAAGUGGUUAAAAUUGUGAUGCAUUAAUAUCAAUGCCAGUGAAAAAUCUGUAUUUUUAAUUAUGCGCUCAAAUAGUCUAGCUAUCAAACAGGCACCAUUUACAGUAUAGACAUAAAUCUCUUGUGUAAGCUGAUAGUGGACUAUAGUGGACAUAAUCAGCAUCUCAAUCAGCACUAAUUAAAAAAAAAAGUAUCAGCUAUGACUUUUAGAUUUGCUCACAGAGAUCUAUGUGUUAACUUGUAUAUAAUUUAUUAUUUUCUCUUGGCUUGGUCUGAUCUCAUGUGUCUAUGAACAGAGAACUUUUCUAAGAUCUUGCCCAUACAGAAACAAAGCUUUUUGUGACACCUUAAGAAGACUGGACAUGAUGUAAGUGAUAUAAGCCACACUAUACACUGUAUGGCCACAUGCUUGUGGACACCUGACUGUCACACCCAUAUGUGGUUCUUCCAGAACGUUUGAACAACACAAUUAUAUGAGAUGUCUUUGUGUGCUGUACCAUUACAAUCUCUUCACUGGAACUACGGGGUCCAUUUCAAAUGUUCCAUUUAAACAAAAUGCUAAAUUUUCACAGUUCUGUCUUUUUUGUAUAUAUCUUAUUUAUAAAGAAUGUAAGUAUUUAAUGUAUAGAUAUAAAAAAAUUAAACAAAAUAAGCUAAUAAUUAAAAGUAUUGUUUUAUAUUAAAACAUACCACAGAA